AAAAAAAGAAAGAAAAAACACUCGCCACUCACGAGUAUUUAUACUACAACUUUACUACUACCACUCAUAUAAGGUGAAAAACAACCGUGUAGCUUUAUUCUUAGCUUCUUCUGUAUAGCUUUCACAAGGGUUCGGUGAUUGUUUUCAGAUUGAAGAUGAUAGAUUUUGCUCGAGUGCAGAAGGAGCUUGUUGAAUGCAGCAAAGACGCUGAGGGAUCGGGUAUUCGAGUAAUCCCUAAAAGUGAUAACCUUGUUCAUUUGAUCGGAACCAUUCCUGGUCCUAUCGGAACUCCCUACGAAGGUGGUGUUUUUCAGAUUGAUAUCACAUUACCUGAGGGAUACCCAUUUGAACCCCCAAAGAUGCAGUUUUCAACCAAAGUCUGGCAUCCAAAUAUCAGCAGCCAAAGUGGUGCUAUUUGCCUGGACAUCUUGAAAGAUCAGUGGAGUCCGGCACUGACUCUGAAGACUGCACUACUUUCCGUGCAAGCACUUCUGUCUGCCCCUCAGCCUGAUGAUCCUCAAGAUGCUGUGGUGGCACAGCAGUAUCUGAAAGACUAUCAGACAUUUGUCAAUACUGCUCGCUACUGGACAGAAAGUUUUGCCAAGACAUCAUCUCGUGGGAUUGAAGUUAAGGUACAGAAACUCGUCGAAAUGGGAUUUCCUGAAGCUCAAGUAAGGAGCAUUUUGGAAGCUGUUGGUGGUGAUGAGAACUUGGCUCUUGAAAGGCUGCUGUAGCUUAUGUAUGGGAUUUUGACUGCAGUGUUUUAAUUAUUUUGAAGCUUAGGAUGACAUGUUGCAUCGCAGUAAGAUGUUGGAAACACAAACAAAAAGAAUUAAUUGAAUAUAAAGUAUAACCUACUUAAGUUAUAUCGUAUAGUCUUUUUGUUUAUCUCUUUGAAAACUUUGUACUUGACAUUGUCCUGAUUUUAUAGCAGGUAUGAAAUUGAAUGAGUAUCUUAUAUAUUGGCAAGGUUUCUGCUUCA